UCAACGCUACACUACACACUACAAUAUGCUUUGGCAGGUAGUAGUAGUGAAUAUUAUGAAGUGUGAGAUAAGUGUGGGUGUGUGUGGGUGUGUGGGCAGGUCGAUGCUGGUAUGCAUACAUGCCAGUCCAUUUCCUUGUGCGAAAUGUUGUCUUUACAGAUAAAAUCUGCAAGGAUGGGAUAUUUACCUUAGUUCCAUGAUUCAGUCUUUAUUAAUGGACAAAAGGAAGCCAUACUCCCAUAAAGAAACCGUGUAUGCUUUGAAGGGAGUGAUCUGAAAAAAAUAAAAAAAAGAUUCCACUGACGUCAAUGAUAUAAUUUAAAGCAAACAUUAUGAAUAUGUCUGCAUAUAAGAAUAACUGAUAAUAUCAUGAAUUCUGCAUAUUAUUACGACAGAACGAAGGUUGUAACCAAUACUUUAAACCUUCCGAUUCUAAUUAUCUCUCCAGCAGUUCAAUGGAUAACACUAUAUUUUUCUCCCCCUGUAAUGGUUUCCUCAUGUGGAUGAAUGCAUGCAGGGAAAAAGAGAUGAAAUAAGAGGAUUGUAGACAAGGCAUCUUGCAAAAUGUCCAAAGUGCUUGGUGUUCACGUCGUCAGCAGCUGCAGAGUUGGAUGAAGGUGGACUGAUGGACACGCAGACGGGCGAGGGCCAGCUGCUCCAUGUUGUCAAGCGUAGUUAAGAAGGGGCUUUAGUGUAGCACAGCCACAAGUAAGCAGGCAGAGCUAUCAGCCCAAUAACCAGUGUCUUUGCAUAGAGAGAAAGAUAGAAGGGCCAAUGUCUCUCUUUCGGUCUCUCUCUCGGUCUCCCCUUCUCUCUCUUCCUCACUCCCUGCCGAGGGAGAGAGUGCGCAAAUGGGUUUUCUUAAUUGUUAGAGCGUCCCCCUGACCAUCUGUGUUUGUGUGUGUUUGUGUGUGUGUUUUUGUGUGUGUGUGUGUGUGUGUGUGUGUGUGUGUGUGUGUGUGUGUGUGUGUGUGUGUGUGUGUGUGUGUGUGUGUGUGUGUGUGUGUGUGUGUGUGUGUGUGUGUGUGUGUGUGUGUGUGUGUUUGUGUGCAUGAGUGGGUGGUGUUGUGAAAAAUAUGCACAGACCACGCUAUUACAGCAGUGAGCAACAAACUUCAAGGUCUUAUCAGGCUUUCAUGCCAAAACUAAUUUUUGACUAAAAGAACAUUUAGCUCACUUGAACUUCGCUUGUAUCCUCUGAAUACAUAUAUCGUUUUGUUACAAUAUCUGAACACACAAAUACAUGCACUAUUUCUAAAUACAGUAUUAAUCCAGACCAUCGUAGGGCAAGAAACAACAUGCUGUGAAAGUCUCCGUGGCUCCUAACUGCUUCACCACAGUUUCUGAGCUGCGCUGGCUGUGAGGAAAUAAGGUGUAAUUUCCCAAACUCAUUUGUACUGCAACUGUUAAUGCUAUAUGCACUGUGAGUGUGACAACACUUGGGGGAAUAAAGAGCAAGGAGGGAGGGAGGAGGCAGCAAAGUCUCUAAUGUUUUGGUUUGCUCUCAAUACAUUUGAUUUCAGGUAUAUAGGUCAGCCCAUGAUGCCAGUUUAAGUUAAACUAAAGCAAGAAAAUAAACUUAAAGCAAGCCAUGAUUUAAUUUUAUAAUGUUUUUAUAAUGAAACCAGUACUUUCUUAACCCUUUCUUAAUUCCUUGUUAAAGGAAUAUUCCAUCAAGGUGUGUUAUGAGUAGAGAUCUUUCACAUCAUAGAAAUGAAUAAUUAUCAAUGGCAUGUGCCUUACCCUAUACAGGCACCGAUGGGUACUUCAUGGCAAAGCAUAUUUUCAAACUCUGCAGGAUCCAACAGCCCUGUUUAUUCAUGUGAUUAUUCAGUUAUUGAAGCUAAAAUAAAAGGAAAAAGAUCUUAGGAGAAAGUGGACGGCAAAAUGAGACCAUCUAUAUUCAAGAUAUUUCACAAGAUAUUCCAUUCAAAAACAAUCACGGAAGGACGCGGACUACAAACACAGAAAAAUAACAGCGCAGGCUUUGAUGCAAGGCGUGCACGUGAGUAAACACUCAGCAUCUUCCUCAUGUAAUCUCUUCUUCUCUUUUUCCUCAUUUUUUUCCUUCAUUCUUUUUUUCUUUACCAGACCCAUUCAUGCUUGCUCAAUAAUUCUCAUCAUGUCAGUAAAGCUGUACUUCACUCAAUUCCAAAGAAUGCACAAAGUUCUUUGUGUGCGAUAUGGACUGCAAACCCCAUGUUGGAGCCGAGCACCAUCGCAGCGUCUUUGGUUUCUAAAUGAGCACUCUCUUCUGCUCCUCUUGGCCCAUGUGGUCUUACCAUGAAUACCAACCCAGUGAUGGAAUCAUUUGAAGGGUUGGACAUAUUCAUCCCAUAUAUUUUUCUAGCUCGAUAAAUUCGGCAGUUUUAAGAAAACAGAGAGAUAAUGGAGAGCAGCUUGGACAGGGGCUGAGUGGGCUUUAAGAUAACAGACAGUCAAACAGGCUCCCAAACUAUUCCUAGAGGCUAAAUACUGAUUGGGGUCACAAGUGUUUAAUUCACUGGUGACCUCUCAGUAAUACAACUGAGAGAUGUGGGAUUACACUGAAACACGAAUAUGAAAUGUCAAGGAACUUAAGCCUGAUUACAUGUGAUAGAGUUUAAUGCAUAGGGAGAAUUCAAAGAUAACAUACAUCUAAAUUCUGUAUGCCUGUGUAUGUAUUUUAACAUUUUAUAUAGCAUUUUCUGUUUCUUAUUUUCAUAGUCUGUAAUAACUUGGCAGCAGUUCUUAAAGGUGCAUUGUGUAAUACCAGAGAGAAAUAUGAGAAGUUGUCUGAGCUGCCCUGUGCUGGCUGUUUGCUAGAUUCAAUUUAGCAAUCCUUGUUGGCGUACCAGUGGGUGGAAUUAGAUUUCUUUCCUCUUGCUCGGGUUCCAAGUCAAGAAAAUAUAUUUUGUUAACUCAAAUGGUAUGCAGAGAUUUUGUUUGGGAGUUACAAAGUGGACCGAAAAGGAGGAGGUACAGAAGUUUCUGAGAAGGUCCAGAAAAUAAGUAUAAAGCAAUUUUGGUCCCACUUUCCCACAACGAUACAUUAAUUAACCCUAAGUUAACAUUAGUUUAUGUUAUACUGAUAAUUAUAAAGCAUUAGCAUAGGGGUUAGGUCAGGUCUUGUAAUGUACUUUUCAGUUUUCUUUGGUUAGGGUUACUCUGGUUAGGGUUAGGGCAGGCGGGUCAGGAUUAGGUUUAUGGUUAAACCUGAACCCAACCCUAUUCAAUAAUGUACACAUUUAAACCUUAGUUAACAUGAACACCAUUAUCUUAGAAAACAUCAAGACAAUUUUUAAACGUAUUUUGUUAAUCAUAGUAUACCAUGAGUUCACUGUUUAUAACUGUGAGUUAAUACUUAUUACUGCUCUAACAAAUGUAACUAAUGAAUGGUUAAUUAAUGGACCCUUAUCGUAAAGUGUUUCAGCAAAUUUGAUGAGGGUAUGGGUCCUGGGAUUCGCAAAUAACAGAUGGAUUUGGAAAUUGCUUCAUUGCUCCACAAGAUAAUCAUGUGGAUCAAAACGAAAUGACAAAGAGACACAGACGGUGGCUCCAUGUUUGUUUGAAUCGUGCUGGGAGAUGGUUAUAGUUAGAAAUGGCCUCAUGGAGCUGUAGAAACGUCAGUGUCUUUGUGUGAGUGUACAUCCUGUGUAUAUAAUGCCGGACCGUAUUAAGUUAAGAGUGGGCAGCGUGAAACUUAAAAGGAAUAUUUAGUGAACAUUCAGUUCAUCCCUUAAAAAGAAAAAAACGUCACUGAUGAAACCAAGCCUCACAGUGUGUGGGAGUGAGGCUGCAGCUUGGAGUGCAGGAUCGAUGCUGUUCAGGGGGGAGCUGGAGGCCUGCUAUUUAUGGUGCAUCUACAGUUCUCUGGAUGUGAAUCUGUCUUGUCUCUGUAGCAAUGCAACAUAGAAUAGCCUUAAUGUCCCUGAUCUUCUGGAUGCCAUGAUGCUGAUCGUGUAUACCUGUCGGUGUGAUUGACUCAGAGAAUGACAUUAAAAUGGAAGAUUGUUCAAAUAAAUGAUGCCACUGGAAUUUACCACGUGCACAUGCAGCAGUGGUGUCAAUUACCGACCUGUGGAAAAGCCAAGGUACAGACACAUUUUUAUGUUUUGCUGAUUCUCCAGUAUUUAAUAUUCUGCUCUGUUCUGUAGUAUUUUUAUUCAUGCUACAAUAAAUGUAAAUUAUUUUGAGUUAUGUUUAUCAAGCUUUGUACAACAUACUGGAGUGAUGUCCAAUUCCUCUUGCCAGAUAGCCCCAGGUUGUUCAGGUGGGUUGAAUGAGGCUUGUGGGCCACAAUUUUGAAACAGAGCCAGAGAAGGUGGAUGUCUUAGUUCUGUUGUUGAAUUCUUGUGUUACCAGCCUUGUUCCUUGGGAUCGAAAGGGGACUUCUAAUAAUCGUCUGUGUUUUUUAGAAGACUAAGUCUGAGGUAUUCAUUCAAUACCUUUCUGUAUUUAUUAUGCCAUCCCCUUGUAGUUCUAUUUGAACACAAUGUCGAGUCACUGUCUAGUCCCCGCUGAUGUGUUUCCAUUGUUCUUAUUCACCCAGUGGCCAUUUUUGUUUCUCAAUACUAACUGGUUGGAGGAGCUGAAAGUGGAAUCCUGCAUUCUGUCCAUUCACCGAGCUAGUGUUCAGAAACAAGAUGGAAGCAAUGUGGCCACAGUAGGAGAAAAGGCCAAUAGCACACGUCACAUUAAUAGCACAGAGAAGAAAAGGACAGAUUUCGGUCCUCACCAUAUCAUCAGCCAGAGACUCUUAACAGGUCAUCGGCCAUUACCACACGGGUGGCCUGAUGCCUUACAGAUAAGUUGUAUCUGGAAGACAAUAUAGUAAGGAUGUGUGAGUGCUUUGAUAUUAAAGUACUAUUAAUUAUAAAGUUAUUUUAGCAUUAUUCAUAUCAAUAUUAUUAAUAAUACUAUUAUUAAUAUUAUUGUUAUGAUUUUUUAUAUGUGUUGACGAAGUGGACCAGUGUGAGGACAAUAUGGCCAGAAGGUAAUUUGCCUUCUGUUCGUCCUCAUCUGGUGAUCUUCAGACACACUGGCAGAGGAGUACCAUUGCAGAGUAGUUUUGUCUUCUGGAUUCUUACUAAAGUAAUGUUUGCUUGUAAGAUUAACGUUAACUGAGAGAACAAAAUUUGUAAGGUGAACAUAACAGGCUUCAUUGUUACUUGGAUACUGUAAUCAGCACCUUAUAGCAUACAACAGUGUUAUGGAUAACAGUGAGGGACAGCAACAUGUACAGAUUAUCUAUUGGGAAGCUUCACAAGUAGAUAAAAAAAACAUUGACCUCCAAAAUCGAUGUUUAUAACCGACCAAAGUUGAGCUAUCACUUCAUCCAAUCCUCCAUCAGUAUAAGACACAGUUUCAAAUGCAAUACAAUGUAGAGGGCAGCCCACGUACUCCAUGUUGAGAUGCAGCAGGAAUACAAAAAAAUAAAUAAAAGUGCUGGUCUUGUAUCGCCUAUCUCCCAGCUGUGUCCCCAGGGAGCCACACUGCAGCCAAUGUGACUUUGUCACACAGGGGUAUAAAUCUGAAGCACUGUUAACAGAAUUGACCCUAUCCCAGGAGUAAUGGAGCUGUCACUGGUAAAGUCUGACCCUAGAAUAACCCCCUUACACAACCAGCUCUGCAGGGGGAGCCCUGUUUGUGGUAGAUGAUAUCUGUCAUCCUCACUGGGAUGAAAGAAAGAAUAGGGGUCAUACUGUUAAUACAGGAGAGGCUGUGUGUGUGUGUGUGUGUGUGUGUGUGUGUGUGUGUGUGUGUGUGUGUGUGUGUGUGUGUGUGUGUGUGUGUGUGUGUGUGUGUGUGUGUGUGUGUGUGUGUGUGUGUGUGUGUGUGUGUGUGUGUGUGUGUGUGUUUGAGUCAGUCUGUGCAUGCUGUGUGUAGGUCUUCUGACAUGUAGUUUACUGCAGUUGCCCGAUUUGAGACGUUUAUAAUAGGAUACUUCGUCAACCAUCACACUGUGGAUGGUAUGAGAGUGGUACAGCUGCCAAGAACGAGCAUUACUGAUUAUCGUGAUGGUUUUCUGUCAUCCCUUCGAGCCAUUGAAGGGAGAACCCUGCUCCUAACGAGUGUGUGAGUGUGCUUUGAAGAAAAUCAAAUUUUACAAAAAAAAAUGCAGGCAACUGUAUGUAGCAAGAAUCAUGGUUUUAUCGAACCUACUUUGAGUUACUGAAGAGGAGCACAAUAGAGAGACAUUUUGAGGAAACGUUUUUUGCAACUGAAGAAGGCUCGUCAGAAGCUUUGAGGAAUGCAUGGGAGGGGGGCGUUGUGGUCACGCGCUCACACUUCUCCAGCCUCGCACUUCCCGCGCUGCGCCGUGCCGUGUGCUGUGUGCUGUUCAUUUCACUCCCGCGUUGGACACAACCAACUGGCGACAGACGGGAGGACCCCUACUGCAUCGGACCGAUUCUCUGAAAGCUAAACGACAUAUAUGACCUGAAUCUCCGAGGAACUUCAACUCUCGCGUGUUAAUGCGUGACGGCGCGGCGCCAGAGGACAUGGGAGGAUGGAGUGCUCCUGGAAGACAGUGCUGCUGCUGGUGUGCGCGUCCCUGGGGGUUCAGUACACGGCCAUCCGGACCCUGAGCGACACCCUCCCCGGACCCUGCCAGGGAUCCCUCAACUGCCACGCAAGACAGCCCCGAGACUCAAGGUGGAAAGCCUUGUGUGAAGACACCUGGCUGCCCUCCGACUCGCCCCAGAAGCACAUCCUCCUGUUUGCGACCACGCGCAGCGGCUCGUCCUUCACCGGCCAGCUCCUCAACCAGCACCCGGGGGUCUUCUACGUGUUCGAGCCCCUCUACCAUGUCCAGCAGGCCUUCUCCAACACCAGCAGCAGACAGCGCCGGACGCUGGAUCGCCGAGCGCUCCUGGGCGCCUACAGGGACCUGCUCCUGAACCUCUACACCUGCGACCUCCGCUUCAUGGAGAACUACAUCCGCCCCGAGCCGCAGGAGCACGUCACCGGCGCCUUCUUCCGACGCAGCUCCAGCCACGCCCUCUGCACGCCCCCCGUGUGCCCGGCCAAGAGCGAGGCGGUGGCCGACGGGCUGCCGGACGAGACCUGGUGCCCCAAGGACUGCGGCGCGCUGAACCUCACCCUGGCCUCCGCGUCGUGCCUGUCCAAGGGACACGUGGCCAUCAAGACGGUCCGCGUCCCCGAGAUCGCGGACCUGCGCACCUUGAUCGAGGACCCCCGUCUGGACCUGAAGGUCCUCCACCUGGUGCGGGACCCCCGGGCCAUCCUGGCCUCGCGCAUGAUGGCGUUCUCGGAUCAGUUCCGCGCCUGGAAGAUAUGGAACGCCACCCGGCGACAGCCGCGCUACGUGGACCUGUCGCAGAUCACGAGCACCUGCAAGGACAUGGCGGCCUCCGUGGAGACGGGGCUGCGGAGGCCCUCCUGGCUGCGGGGGCGGUACCUGCUAGUGCGCUACGAGGACCUGGCCUCCAACCCCGAGGAAAGGGCCUCGGAGAUCCACAGGUUUGUGGGGCUGCAGAAGGACAGCCGGGUGUCGUCGUGGAUCUCGCAGAACACCAACAGGGACGCGUGCUCUCCGUCCGAGUGGAACUUCAGAUACUCCACCACCCGGGACUCCAGAGCCACGGCGGAGAGCUGGAGGCUCCGGCUGGACUAUGACAUUGUGAAGACCUUGCAGAGUCUGUGUAGCGACACUCUGGCUCUGCUGGGUUAUAAACAGGCUCACUCGUUAGUGCAGCUCAGAAACAUGUCCUAUAGUUUGGUGGAAGCAAGAACCUUCCAGCCUCCGCUAUGAGAUUGAAAUUAUGUUUAAAAAAAUAAUAAUGAUGUGGAUACUUGCUGUUUUGGUUGCUCAUGAUACAUGCAUACGGUUUAAUAUUUUAGGUCAUGGUGGUAGCCAUCAGUCCUUAAAACGGGUAGGGCCAGCUAGAUCCCACUGCCAUUAAUAACAUCUGGAAAUCAGGUUAAAUUAGGACACUGUAUUUGUUUAAUACUUAUAUAUUUGUUAAGUAUUUGUUUGUUAACAUGCCAACCUAGAGAACCUACAAUAACGAAACAUACAGAAACACUGCAGCAAUUUGCCUCCUCUCUUGUUGUUAUAUUUCCGACCCUUUUUUGACUCUUAUGUCAACUCCAACGGGAGAUGAAGGCUCUGAUUAAUUGUAGCGCUCGGCAAAGUGUAGUGCUUGGAAAAUCCACUUUAAACAUUUUUGGACUGCGCUGUCACGUUACGCAUUGUAGUUAACUACAGGUCUUGACCAUGUCACUAUUCAGAUUGUGUAUUUUGUAGAUUUUCUAAAUAAAUUAUUUACACGUUAA